AAGACUGGGUACAAGUUGAUCCUGUUUACGUUCUGAGCUAGUGAGCAAAAACGUUUCCGGAUUCGCAGCUUCUCAAGAAAGACAGAAAAGUUGGAACUCGUCAAAAUAAGUAAGAAAUGGGUCCGAAAUUUCUUCUGCUAGCUGCGAUUAUAGGCUCAGUUUGCUUAUCAUCUGUUAAUGCCAAGACCAAGUUCUUACUUGGGAGCAAGAAAUGUACCUGGGGUCCAUCAUACUGGUGCCAGGGAAUGGCUCAGGCUGUUGAGUGUGAUGCUGUCAAGCACUGUCAAGAGAAAGUCUGGAAGAAUAGUAUCAAGGAGAAAAAUUCAUUUCCAUGUGACACUUGCAAAGAGGUCAUUGGCAAAAUCAAGAAGUUUGCAGAAGAUGAAUCUCUUCAGGAUAAAAUCAUUCAAACAAUGGACAAGGCAUGCAGCCUCUUGCCAUCUGAGCUAUCAGCAAAGUGCAAGGAGGUUAUGGGUGAAGCAAUCAAGAAACUUUUUGCCAGUUUGGAUUCAAUUGUGAAAGAUCCUGCUGCCUUAUGCAAGAAGCUGAAGCUGUGCUCUGCCCAGAGCAAGGGGGAGAUCCUGAAAGCUGUGAUAAAGCACCUUUUGUCCAAGGACCAGCAAGUGUCCAGUCUGCUUAUGCCUGGACCUGUUAUGAUGGUACCCUCCAGGAAACCUGUACACAAGUUGAUGAUUAAGACAUCAGAGACAUGUGUGAUGUGCGAAUUUGUGAUGAGAGAACUCUCCAAAAUGUUGAAUGAAAACUCUACCAAGGAGGAGAUUGAAACUGCUCUGAACAAGUUGUGCUCUUACAUGCCAGGAUCCAUUCAGUCUGAGUGCAAGACAUUCGUCCAAGAGUAUACCCCAUUUAUCAUUGAAAUACUCAGCAAAGAGUUUAAACCUGAACUGGUGUGUCGUGAACUCAAGCUCUGCUCGGCUGGAGGUGCUGCAUACCUUGCAGUGGCCAAGCUUCUGAAACCAAGGCUGACGGCCAACAAAGGAUGUGAUGUGUGCCAGACAGUGGUCAAGGAUGUCCAGAGUGCUCUGAAAGAUGAUGUCACUGUGAAAGGAAUUGAAGAUAUGUUGAGUAUGAUCUGUGACUACAUCCCUGAAGUGGAGAUAAAAAAAACAGUGCUCUGUCGCCAUUCAACACUACGUCCCAGAACUAAUUGAUUUCUUCAUAAAGCAAGAUCCCAAAACUAUUUGCAAGGAUCUUGACAUGUGCUCAUCCAAGCUGUGAACAUCGAGAAGCAUCCAUCACCCUGCUAGCUGACCUUUCUUUCUGCUUUACUUUGUCGCGUAUUCAGCAAGCACGCUAAAUAUCAGACGCGACACGAUUAAAUGUUAAAACAAAAAAGCAUGAAUUAAGCUCAACUAAGCAGUGAGAAAACAGUCCAUGACACUCUAAGCACCAAGGAACACAAUUGCUUUUUAAUACCUUCUUAUAUACGAAAAAGAAAAUUCAUAAAUGCUUUUGACAAGGUCAUGUGCAGGAUCCCAGACCGAGUUGAUCGUUUUUUUUCCUCAUGACCUAAGACCUCCCAGUGGACCUCCGAGUUCUCCACCAACAAGCAAGACCACACGUUCGCUUGUUUUAUUACGUAUCAGAUUUAUGUAGUACUUUCUAAAAGUUUUUUUGCUUGUAUAAUAUAGUGUCUGUGCCAUUUUGUCUAUUUUUAGCGGUGGAAGCACAUUAUCACAAAAAUUGCCGUAGUGUUUUAUUUAUAUGCAAGGUAUUUUUAUUUUAAUGUAAUAUAAUGCUUUAAGUAUUUUAAGAAAGUGAGAUCUAUAGAGUCUCUGCACCCAAGUUUGUUAACUGUUAGACAUUUUCUAGGCAAAAUUUUCACGAUAAAAAAAAAUAAAAGCAGUGAUUGCU